AUGCUCCUGUUUUUAUUUAUUGGAGUUGCUGCAUUUCCAGAAUUAUCUCUAAAGACAGAGGCAAACCUCCAAAGCCUGAACUGCCAAAAGUACAUCUGUGGAGGCACAAAGCCAAUGAACCCAAAUACCUGCAUUUAUUAUGGUGGAGAAGCAUAUUAUUUGCAAGAAUGCACAAAUUCUCCAAACCUGUAUUGUCCAGCGGUGUUUAAUUUACUUAACCAGACAUGCACAGUGCCUCCAUCUCCGACUUCCCAAACGGCUUAUCCAGGAGAAUACUGUGAAGAUGAUUCCUGGUGCUUAUAUGGGACCUGUAAAGGAGGUCUUUGUUAUGGACAGGAAUAUGGGAGUAAUUGUCAAAGCCAUGGAGAAUGUAAUAAAGGCUUACGGUGUAGUAAUGGUAAAUGUGUAAAUCAAAUCGCGGUAAACCAAACUGGCUGUGUAAAUGAUUAUGACUGUGUCAAUAAUGGUCAAAUAAAAAAAAAAAUGUAUUAUUUUUUUUAAAUAAAAGGACUGGUGAAUUUAAAAAAAAAAAACACAGUCAAUUUAUAUAAAAAAAAAUAAUAUUCAUUAGAGCCCACCAAUAAUGCCGGGUGCGAUAUUAACACCUGCAGAGAAUAUUACAGUGUCGCGAAUGGAGACUGGGUCGACAUGUGUGAGAACUCUCAAUCACAAAUUUGUGGCAGCGGCUUUUGUGUGUAUGGGCUUUGCCAGCCAGCUAUUAAAAAUUCUCAAAAAUUGCCUCAAACUUGUUAUUCGAAUUCUGACUGUGUUUCUCAUGAGUUGGCAAGCCAAGGAAUCACACUUUAUACAACUUGUCAAUGCGGUUAUGGGCGGAAUGCCUUAUCUUAUUGCACUUUAUUCCCAGGGGAUGAUCCUUUCCAAGAUUUAAUGAAAAUUUAUAAAAAAUGAAUUUCAAGCAAAGAUGCGUUAAACUGUAACACUGCCAGAAGGUGGAGCACAGGGUGUGUCAAAACAAUGCUGGGGGAUAAUGCAGCUGAAGAAUUUGACUAUUACUCUUAUAAAGUAACUUAUUUCCCACAAGUCCAAAAAGUUGAUGAAUGUGCGCUAGAUAUAAUAUUCCCAGCUUAUAGUGCUGAAGUCAGUGAUAGAAAUAGCAGCGGUUUGUGGAUUUGUAUUGGGAUGGCGUUAUAUGGAGCUCUCAUAUAA